ACACCUUCAGUAGUCUUGACUUCGCCUCGUUAAACUCAACAUCAAAUCGAACAUGAUCUAUCAAAUUCAAACAUUUUUCUUCAUUUGUCUAAUAGUUGUCUUCACUACAAGUCAAGGAUACGUAUUAGCUGAAAAUAAACCUACAGGACUACAGCAACGCAUAUUAGAUGGUCUAACAACUACUAUAUUUAAGCAUGCCUAUCUGGUAUCGAUUCGAAAAAGAUUCAGUGAAAUAUCUGCCUAUGAGCACUACUGCAGUGGUAGCAUAUACUCAGCUAACAUAAUUUUAACUACAGCCAGCUGUGUGCGUAACACCAAUCCCUCCAAUAUAAAAGUUAUAACAGGCACCAGCUAUAGUUCAGGUGCAGCGCAGGAUGGCGCAAUGCAUACAGUUCGAGAAGUUGCUUUACAUACAAAUGAUUCUAUAGAUAUAGCACUACUGCAUUUAGGCACUAAUAUAACUUUAAAUGGUUUUAAUACAAAAGCUAUAUCUUUGGCCAAAGAAUUACCAAAAACUGGUAAAAUGGGUGUAGUAGCUGGUUGGGGUAAAAAUACUGAAAUUGGUACUAUCAGUGAAAAUUUGCGCGAAAUUAAUGUACCAACUAUGGAUCAGGCUGCAUGCAAGGCUUAUUAUUUUUGGCAUUCUAUUACUGAUACGGAAGUAUGUGCUGGGUAUGUUAAUGGUGGUGUAGACGCCUGUCAAGGUGAUGCCGGCAGUCCAUUAUUAGUUGAUGGAAAAGUGAUUGGUAUCGUUUCGUGGGGUUAUGGGUGUGGGCGAAAAUAUAAUCCUGGCGUUUACACAAAUGUAGUGCGUCUUGUUGAUUGGAUUGAGCAGAAUGCAGCAGUGACAAAUGAAAUUCUUAUGUAAAUAAUUAACAAAUUAAAAUUGU